UCGGGGGAUUCAGUCUCCUCGCGAUGCUCUGGCGUGAUCUUCGCCCAGCCGAUACGAUCCCAUCUUUUUCUCUCUCUUUAGUAAUUUCGGAAACUGCGAUAGUAUGGAAAAUUUUAAAAUGAAAAUACAUAAAAAUAUAUAAAAAUGUUUGAAUAACAACAAUAAAUACUCAAUGUCCAAAAACACAAAAGCAUCUGUAAUUGAUGGAUUUGCUGGCAUGACCAAAAUAUAAUUAGCAGCAAAAAAAGCCGGCGAAACUCAACAAUUAACAAAACAUAAAAACACAACGCGAUUAUUCCAGUGGGCGUGGCCGUGGGCGUUUCCGUGUGUGUGAGUGUUUGUUUUGGCUGCUGACAAAAGUGCAAUUGGAAUCGGAUCCGAGGCGAGAAUUGGAAAAUCGGGGAAAACGCAACCGAUACGGGCCAAACUCAAGUGGCCAGGAUAGGCGGCUAAAAGAAGGCAGAGGCAGCGGAGGAGGCGGAGGCGGGCGGUGGAGGCGUGCCAGGACCUCUGUCAGUGGUGACAAUGUCCUCGACGUCGACGUCGACUGAGGCAGCGCCAGAGGCAGCGACGCUGGGAAAUGCGACUGUUGGCGAAAUGUUUUCGGAUGCGGAUAUGGCGGAAGUGCGGCAUGUUGUCCAACGCAUUUUGGUGCCGUGCGUUUUUGUUAUUGGACUAUUGGGAAAUUCAGUGAGCAUUUAUGUUUUGACGCGAAAGCGCAUGAGGUGCACCACGAACAUUUAUCUAACGGCUUUGGCCAUCACGGACAUUGCGUACCUGACCUGUCAAUUAAUCCUAUCACUCCAGCACUACGAUUACCCCAAGUACCAUUUGGAAAUUUACUAUCAACUGUAUGGCUAUUUCGUCUGGCUGUGCGACAGUUUUGGUUACAUCUCGAUUUACAUUGCCGUGUGCUUCACCAUCGAGCGGUUCAUAGCGAUACGUUAUCCACUUAAGAGACAAACAUUCUGCACGGAAUCGCUGGCCAAGAAGGUGAUAGCAGCCGUGGCCGUCUUCUGUUUGCUGUCCACGCUCUCGACGGCAUUCGAGCACACAAUUACGGUCGGUUGGAAGCUGAUUGAUGACGCCUACCAGCCGUGCAACCAAACGGUGGCUAACUUCUCGCCCACGCCCCCUGUUCCGUCCUUUGCCGUGGCCACGCCCCCACUGGCCACGCCUCCGCUGCCCACGCCGGCGACCAUUUCGCAGCACUUCAGCACGGAGUCGACGACCGCCGGCAGCUCGAAUCUGCUCUUCGACUGGGGAAGUGGCAGUGGUGACGGAGAACCAGAGAACAUUCCACGACAUCGCCGGCACUGGCAGUCAUCUGGAUUUGUGACGCUUCCCAAUCUGAGGAAAACGCUAGAGGAACAGGAUCAAGAUGAGGCGGUGGAGGAGCAGGGGUCAAGGGUCACCGAAAGUUUGCUGCAGUUGUUGCGACGCAAACGAAACAACAAUGACAACAACAACAACAACAACAACAACAACAACAACAACAACAACAACAACAACAACAACAACAACAACAACAACAACAACAACAACAACAACAACAACAACAACAACACGGAUGCAUUCGCAUUUAAUGUAACGGAAUACUGUCAAAAUGUCACUAUUUACAAUCAUGGAACUUCAGAGCUGGGCAAGGAUGAGCUGUACAGUAAUCUGUGGAAUAUGUUUACACUGCUGGUUUUUGUAGUCUUCCCGUUGCUCUUACUGGCCACCUUUAACUCAUUUCUCAUUCUACUGGUGCAUCGUUCAAAAAGUCUGCGUGGCGAUCUGACCAAUGCGAGCAGCAUAAGGCGAACUAAACGCAAAUCAAAUUCCGGGAUUAAGGGCAGCGUAUCGCAGGAGAAUCGAGUGACGAUCACAUUGAUUGCGGUGGUGCUGAUGUUCAUAUUUUGCCAACUGCCAUGGGCCAUUUAUUUGAUAUUGUCCCAGUAUAUGGAUUUCCAAAUAGGUACACAGGUGGUGGCGGGCAAUGUGUGCAAUCUUCUGGCCUCCCUGCAUGCGGCCUCCAAUUUUUUCUUAUACUGUGUGCUGUCCGAUAAAUAUCGAAAGACAGUGCGUGAACUCAUCACAGGGUAUCGCUAUAGACGUCGGCAUGCCCGCAAUAAUACGAGUGUAUAUGUGCCCCAUACGACGACUACACUGACCCAAAUAAAUGGUGACCACUAUGGUAGUAAUUAUGGCGGAGCCGGAAGUCGUCGAAGUCGCAACACGAGUCGCCUGAUAACGUAAAUAGUCGAUGUAUUCAAUAUACUGGUUGAACUCCAUGAGAAGCGUACAAAGUUACGAUUCACCGGACAAUAAAGGGCUUCAAAUUUGCCAGCAAAUCGCACGGAAUCACAAGUGAUUCGGUUGGGAAUCAAACGUGAUUCGAUUCAACCGUGAUUAGCAGAAAAUUUAAUUUGUUAUAUCAAUCGAUAACUAUGUGUAUCACUCUCUCUCUCUAUAUAUAUAUAUAUAUAUAGUAUAUAUUACAUAACAUACAUUGUGCCAUAAUGUGAUGAUUAUAGAUUUAUGCUAGUUAACCUAAACGUAAUUGUUGUCCUAAGUACUAAACGCAUCAAAUCAAAUACACGCAAUACACAUACACACACAAAUAAACAAAGAGAGUUUGCUAUUUGCCCGUCCCACGGGGCGUAUGAAUAACCCACCGAUGCAUAUUAAUUUUGGUG